AUGUCACAGGCCAGCAAACUGAAGGGACUUCCGAUGAUAUUCGAACUAUUGAGUCUUCUACCCGAGUUUGAGAAGGAAUAUUCUCGAGGGAGUCGACAGGUCAGUGAGAGGAUUGUGUGCGUGGAGGGGGAGACUGUUGGUGACGAACCAGAGCGGUGGGGGACGCCUGUGACCGUCGAGUCUUUUUCUCGUUGGAAAGUACAAUUUGAGAAAGAAAUGAGUGAGAGUCAGGAGUGUAUUGUGAGAAUGACGGGUAAUAAAUGUGCUGAGUGUGUAGGCAAGGAGUUCUUUGCAGGGAUAAAAGAUGAGGAAGAUUACUGCAUUGAAGAGGGACUGUUCGAUGAUAUGGAUAUUGCAGAGUUAGACUGCUUGCUCAGUGACUAA